AUGAAUGAAGACACCAUAUGCCACGGAAUUGUGCGGGAAGAGAGUCUUUGGAUGGGUUCUAGAGAGGAACAGGAGAAUACAGAGGAACAGGAGAAUACAGAGAAGCAGGAGAAUACAGAGGACCAGGAGAAUACAGAGACAGAGGAGAAUACAGAGGAAGAAGAGAAUACAGAGGACCAGGAGAAUACAGAGACAGAGGAGAAUACAGAGGAAGAGGAGAAUACAGAGGAACAGGAGAAUACAGAGGAACAAGAGAAUACAGAGGAACAGGAGAAUACAGAGGAACAGGAGAAUACAGAGGACCAGAAGGGAGAAUACAGAGGAACAGGAGAAUACAGAGUAACAGGAGAAAACAGAGGAACAGGAGAAUACAGAGGAAGAGGAGAGUACAGAGGAACAGGAGAAUACAGAGGAGUAGGAGAAUACAUAGGAACAGGAGGGAGAAUACAGAGGAACAGGAGGGAGAAUACAGAGGAACAGGAGGGAGAAUACAGAGGAACAGGAGAAUACAGAGGAACAGGAGUAUACAGAGGAACAGGAGAAUACAUAGGAAGAGGAGAAUACAUAGAAAGAGGAGAAUACAGAGGAAGAAGAGAAUACAGAGGAACAGGAGAAUACAGAGGAACAGGAGAAUACAGAGAAACAGGAAAAUAA